AUGUCAACCGCCUACGCAAUAUCCAAAGCUGGCGCCGAUAUUAUGACCAAAACACUGGCCCUUGAAUUGGGCCCCAGAAUACGAUUAAACACAAUCAGCCCCGGAUAUACUGAAACAAAUAUUAAUGAUGGUGCUGAUCCAGAAAUGACAAAAAUGUUGCAACAAGAAAUGUUUAAACGCAUACCAUUACAAAAAGUUGGUCAACCCCUGGAUGUGGCCAAUGCUGCCGUGUUUUUGGCCUCAAAGGACGCGCAAAAUGGACGCAAUUUUACGGGUAAAGUAGUGUUAGUGACGGGUUCGAGCUCCGGGAUCGGGGAGGGAAUCGUUAAGCUAUUCUCGACUCUCGGGGCCAAUGUUGUGGUCACCGGACGUAAAGCGGAUCGAGUGAAACGUGUGGCCAAAGAGGCACAAGAAUUGUCACCUAAUAAACUCAAGCCGUUAGAAAUUGUGGCCGAUGUGACCAAAAGCGGCGAUUUAAACAAAUUAAUGAAUGAAACUAUAAGAACAUUUGGGAAAUUAGAUGUGUUGGUCAACAAUGCGGGCAUAGGUCAGGCCUCACACAUAAAAGACCCAAACUUUAUGAAAGUGUUCGACCAUUUAAUACGGCUUAAUCUAAGGGCUUACUUAAAGUUAACCCAUUUGGCGGUUCCUUAUUUAGAGGCCACGAAUGGCACAGUUAUUAGUAUAUCAAGUAUUGCGGGAUUGGUUCCGGCUAAAAUGACAACCGCCUACGCUAUAUCCAAAGCGGGCGGUGAUAUUAUGACCAAAACACUGGCUCUGGAAUUAGGCCCCAGAAUACGAGUGAAUUCAAUCAGUCCCGGAAAUACUCGGACAAACAUUAAUGAAAAUGCUGGUGAUAUGGAUCCGACCAUGCUCAAAUGGUUUGAACAGGAGAUGUUUAAACGCAUACCACUGCAAAAGGUCGGUCAGCCCCUGGAUAUGGCCAAUGGGGUGGCAUUUUUGGCCUCAAAUGAAGCCCAGUAUAUAACUGGUGUUAAUCUAGUGAUUGACGGCGGGGCAAACAUUUAUCGCAAUUUAAGUGAUGAGGAUUACAGUCAAGUGAAAAAGUCGCGCAAUUUCACGGGGAAAGUAGUGUUGACAACUGGCUCGAGCUCUGGCAUCGGCGAGGGAAUAGUCAAACUGUUCUCACUAUUGGGAGCCAGUGUUGUGGUCACCGGACGUAACGUCACAGACAUUCAUAGGGUGGCCAAAGAGGUUCAUGAGUUGUCUCCGCAAAAAUUAAAGCCACUGGAAGUGACCGCUGAUGUGACCAAAAGUGAUGAUUUACAGCGACUGCUAAACGAGACAAUCAAAACGUACGGCAAAUUGGAUGUAUUGGUGAACAACGCGGGCAUUGGCCCGACAGCCGGUGUGCGGGACAAGGCUUUCAUGGAUGUGUUUGACCGCACAAUUGACGUCAAUCUCAGGGCUUACGCAGAGCUCUGCCAUUUGGCGGUCGACUAUUUGGACCAAACAAACGGCACUAUUAUUAGCAUCUCUAGCAUCGCGUCCGCACACCCGUAUAUAGCAAACAUGGCGUACGAAGUGUCCAAAUCGGGCGUCGAUAUGAUGACUAAAGUGUUGGCCCUGGAGUUGGGCCCCAGGAUUCGCGUCAACGCUAUUAAUCCAGGCCUAGUGGAGAGCAAUUUGAUGGGUUCGGUGCCACCGGUCAUUGUCGACGCUCUCCGGAAGGAAUUGAUAGCCCGGACACCACUCAAGCGAAUCGGCCAACCCUUGGAUAUCGCCAAAGGGGUCGCCUUUUUGGCCUCAACUGAUGCCCAGUUUAUUACAGGCGCUAAUCUGUUCAUAGAUGGCGGUCUAGUAUACAACGUACCUGGAUUUUAA